AUCACACCAUUCAGUUACAGUCCAGACCUACGUCCAAGAAACCUUAUCCCAUCCCAGCUUGUUUUUAUGAUAAGGUAGCUGAACAAAUUAAAGUAAUGGAGAGCCAGGGUAUUAUUAGACCAUCCAGAUCAGCAUUUAUCUCCCCAGUUGUUCCCAUAGUGAAAAAGGAUGGAAAAAUUAGAUUGUGUGUAGAUUUCAGGAAUUUAAAUCAGCAUGUGCUGAAUGAUUCUUACCCCUUACCUAAUGUGAAUAACAUUUUGCAUAACUUAGGAAAAGGAAAGAUGUUUUCAUGCCUUGACUUGAAACAAGGUUACCAUCAAAUACAGUUAAAUGAAGAAAGCAAGCCCUGGACUGCAUUUGUAACACCUAAUGGAUUAUAUGAACAUAAUGUGCUACCUAUGGGUUUAAAGGAUUCUCCUGCGGCAUUCUGUAGAAUUAUUAAUCAGACUGUGGGGCUAUGCAUGGGAUACGUUCAAGCCUGGGAUGUACCCCAAAGCUCACCUCCUCAACAAGGGAUGAGUUUCUCCCAAGACCAUCAACUACUUGUAACUGGACAAGCUUAUGUGGUGCCUUUUUUGUUGAAAUUGGAGGAUAUCUAUGAGCCAAUUAAAAAAGCCAACAAUAUCACUCAGAAUAUAAUAUAUAAUUUAGAUGAAAUUGAGGGAGAUGAUUUUAUCUUGUUUACCUCUUUGAUUUCUCAGCAUAUCCUGGCUUUUCAAGAAAGAUUUAAAAAUUUGCAUGCUUCAAUGCAGGAUUUCCUAAUGCAUAUUGUGGCCAAUGACAUUCCUCAACCUAGAAGGAAAAAAAGGGGGGCAAUAAAUUUUAUAGGAUCUUUUGCAAACACAUUAUUUGGGACUGCUACACAAGAUCAAGUUGAUAUUAUUCAUAAAAGAUUACAAUCGUUAGACUCCUUCACAGAAGAGGAAAGAAAACUCCUCAAUGUUCAUUCCCAUGUUAUCAAUGUCACUCUCAAUGAACUAACAAAUGUUCAUCAAACAUUGGAAAAACUAGAAACUGCUACCCGUGUUACUAAGACCCUUAUGACUAAGAUGGAAAAACAUAUAGAAAAUAAUGAAAAAUCCAUUCUUUCACUGGAAAUUUUACUGCAUGUCCAGCUAGCCUUGACAUCCAUUGCAGCUGAUCAUAUUAAUUUUAAGAUAGGAUUACAAAGUAUGAUGGAAACCCAUAUUUCUCCUAAUAUUGUGACAAAUGCAUUUUACUACAACUUUUAGAUGAGAUAUCAGUUAAACAUGAGUUAUUGUUUCCUCCUAAACCAGAAUAUUUAGGAUUACACAGAGCUGCUAUUCGUGUAAUCCAUAAGACUGCAUUACAUGACUUGAGCUUCUACUUACUCGUUCCUUUGCGAGGAAUUCCAGCUGACACCUUUGAUGUCUUCAGGAUGACCUCCCUUCCCUUUCCUAUUUCUAAAUCAGAUGCUUUUUUAAUGCAUCAACCUUCAAGGAAAUAUUUAGUGAUUAACAAGGCAAGAAAUCAAUUUUUUUGACUGAUGAUUUUGAUGAUUGUAGGAUGUCUGAUGAUAUAUUGAUAUGUCCUCCCAACCAACCUAUAUAUUCCACUAACACUGAUUGUUGUGAGGUUGCUAUUUUUCUGCACAAGCCUUCUGUCUCUGAUAUAUGUAACACGCUGAUUGUGAAGUCUUUCAAGCCUAUUUUUGUUGAUCAGCCAUCUGGGUGGAAUUAUGCCACAAGCAAACCACUAGAUAUUACUGUGAAUUGUAAAACUCCUCCAUUCCUACUACUAGACACAUUAUUAAUGGUACUGGCCUUCUGAAAGUGAGUCAGGGUUGUUCUAUACAUAGUGAUACAUUUUCUCUCCCUGCUUCCUCUCAUUAUAUUGCUGAAGCUCCUAUGGUUAUUCAACCUUAUCCCUUACUACUCCCAUUGCCUUCUCAUCCUGGGAACAUUCUGUUAUUGUGAAUACCACUAAUAUCAGCAUUCCCGACAGUUUUGGUCUUGAGCCCUGGUCUGUCCCAAAAUAUAUUGCACAUAUGCAGCCGCUGGCGAAACAGUCCCCUCCUACGGCACUCGACUGGCACAACUGGAAGGACUGGCUCUGGAUCCUGUUGCCUAUUGGGGUCAUCGCGGCCGGCCUGGUGGCCUACCGCAUCUACCGACCCUGUGCACUCCUUGGCUUGGCACAGGCUGCGCCAGCCCAGGUGACUGUCAGCACACAACGCCAGCUCAAAACAGAGAACACCGCUUAUCACGCAUGCCCUCACCACUAGCAGUUCGCGCCGGGACGCGCUACUAAGGAUGGGGGUAUGUCAUAACCUGGCAUGCCACAGCCUGGUGGGACAUAGCGUGAUGCAGCAGUGGCACAAGGAUGUAAAUAAUUACGUCUACGGGAGAAUUGUAAAAGGGACCCUGCUGCGAACACGAGAGUGGGAGGCCAAACAUUAACAAGAGAGAGGGAAGCCAGGCAUCAGAUGGUACGCAGACCCAAACAAACACCCAAAACAAAAUACUCUGGUUACGAUGUUGGAGAGUAGUAUAGUCAACACGUGUUUCCCCACGUGUAGUUAAACAGGAUUGGUGGUUUUAAAUGGCCAAUGAACAAGCAGUAUUUCAUGUUUAGACCAAUGGUGAACGUGCUAUGAGACUAGGGAAAAGUUGAGCCUAUGAAACACCAGUAAGGCAAUGUUGUGUAUACUACGUUUAAGGUUGUUUCUACAUUACCUUCGUA